AUGGAGUCCAUCACAGAAGGCUACCUCACGGAUUACAGCUCCUCCUUUGACUACUCCGAGCUGGUUGAACACGCUCCCUGUAUUAAGUCAAAGGUCGGCGCUUUAUUCCUCCCGGCUUUGUACUCUGUGCUCUUCGUGACUGGACUUCUCGGGAACAGCCUGGUCAUCUUUCUCCUGGUCCGCGCUGUAAAGCUCAAGAGCACAUCUGACGUGGCCUUCUUGAACCUGGCCAUCUCAGAUCUCUUGUUUGUGGUUACCUUUCCAUUCCUGGCUCACUACGCCCGGGAUCAGUGGGUUUUUGGAGAUGUGCUGUGUAAGAUCAUCAUGGGCCUCUAUCACGUUGGCUUUUAUGGUGGGAUUUAUUUUGUGGCCCUCAUGAGUGUGGACAAUUGCUUGGCCGUCACCUCUUCAGGUUAUGCAGCCAAAACCACAACAGCCAAAACCACCCUCGCCAUUAGUCUUACCGUCUGGGUGAUUUCUUUUGGAAGCUCCUUCCCAGAGGUCACGUAUAACCAAGUUAUCAACGAUGGCGAAAUUACCUGCAGGCCUCUGUACCCUCAAACAGCAAUCACAGCCCUUACCAUACUUCAUAUUUUUAAAAUGAACAUCCUGGGCUUCUUAAUCCCGUUAACGAUAUUAACCGUGUGUCACGCUGUGGCCAUUAGAAGAUCGCCCGUCAGUCAGGCCAUUAAGAAUCAAGCAGUAAAGCGCGUCUCUUGCAUCGUCCUGGCAUUUUUGGUCUUCUGGACUCCAUACAACAUCGCGUCAUUUUUGGACGCCUUACAUCAUUUUCAUAUCUUUGACGAUUGUGAAUCAAGCAAGAUGCUGGACCUGAGUCUUCAAAUCACUGAGGCCAUUGCCUUCAUGUAUAGCUGUUUUUACCCGUUAGUCUUCAUUGGUAUUGAAGAAAAGCUGAAACGCUAUCUGAUCAAAAAGUUUACCAGGAACCUUUCCACACGUGGACAUGCAGUGAAAACUCAAUUGUCCCUAACGGUCAUCUCCAAUACGGCAUCGGUCACCUUGUAACCCUGUUACAUUGCUGUUGUUCUGGUCGGUGUGUCGUCAUUUAUUUGUCAUCUCUGUGAAACUCUUCCUGUCUUUGUAAGCUCAGUUGCGGCCAAUAAUAUUUAACUGCAGAGCCUUGCAGCCAUUCAUCACGUUUCUUGGCGGAUGUCAUGUCAUGUGCAGAACACAUGUGGCUGUGAUGCCCUGCAAGUUUGAUCCUUCUUGUUGUGGCAGCAAAGAUGGUUAGUGGAUCCCUGGAGGAGUUGGAGUUUUGAGUUGCCACAACCACAUGGAAGAGUCAUAUGAGAAAGACUGGGGAGGAAAGUUGAAAAAGUAAAGCAAAAGGAUAGUCAGGGAGGAGGAAAGGGAAGGACCAGCAGUAUUUUCUUGCAAGAAAUGGAUUGACAUUACAAAUGGACGAACAUACAGAUGCAGACACGCACACACUUAUCCUUUCAUUACGGGCGAUUUGGUAUGGGAUUUAUAAAGGCAGCACUAAUGUUUGUGAUGUGCCAUCUGUUGGAAUGAUACAUGC